ACAACGUGUGACCUGCCCGAUGUUGCAGGGAUGAACGAGCCCGCGCAUAUCAACGCAUAUUCCAUUGUGCACGAUUUGACGAAAGGGCUCUGACAUGUGACCGGACCGGAGUGUGCAUCGUUCCGGGGUGCGACUGUCCGUCCAUCCAGCAGCAAGUUCCUGCAAGGACUUCCGUGGUCAACCACGUGACGAUUUUGUGUAGCCGAAUGUCGUGGAGCUAAGUGACGCAUGGCUAGAUAAGGAACUUGUCGAUUUAGGGAACUGGGAGGUAUGGCUUUGCCGCGUUUCUCCCUGAAGAGAUACUUUUUCUACGUGCUAUGUCUGACGGGCACAUUGAUCGUUCUGCUAAAUCUCCUGCGAGAGGAUGAAAUAUGGCACAGCAUGCGACCACAUCCCAGUCAGCCACAGGCUGUUCGAGUUACCGGCGACAUGCCGAAGGUAUUAAAUAUAAAUGGUACUGUGAGCUUGGGCGAAAACUCAAUAAACCAAGAUCCAUCACGAAGACCUUGGUAUAUGAAAGGAGGAACAAGAAGACCUUAUCCGGCGAUAAGAACUCGCAAUACUGGCCGAAGAUUGGCUCAAUUGUGGCCGGAGGAAGCUGCUUACGAUGAUCGUGUGACUAAUCAACUAAUGUUCGUGCCAUCUGAUUACAACAAAACAGGCAGUGAGCAUCCAUUGAAAAAAAUAAUGAUUCCUCAUGGGAUGGCCGAAGCCAAAAUUGGUCCUGACAUAUUCUUCCAACAACGCUGCCCGGUGAAUACUUGCACGAUCGUCCGCGACAAUCCGGACGACGCCGAUCUCAUUCUAUUUAAGGAUUACAUCACGCACGUGGGACGAAGGUCUUACAAUCAGGUGUGGAUGCUGUAUUUUUUAGAAUGUCCUUAUCACACGCAGAGCGUAAAGAGCGCUCUUAUCAAUUGGACCGCUACAUAUCGGCGCGAUAGUGACAUAGUGGCACCUUACGAAAGAUGGCAAUAUUAUGAUUCGAGUAUUACACAGAUCUCACAAACGUUUAAUUAUGCAGCAAACAAAACAAAGAAGGUCGCCUGGUUCGUUUCCAACUGCCAUCCCCGAAAUCAGCGUAUGCAUUAUGCCAGGGAACUCUCGAAAUACAUCCAAGUGGACAUUUACGGUGCGUGCGGCAGCCUACGUUGCCCGCGAUCGCAGUCGCAAACGUGCUUCGACAUGCUCGACGAGGACUACAAAUUCUACCUCGCAUUCGAGAAUUCCAACUGCAAAGAUUACAUCACGGAAAAGUUCUUCGUUAACGGACUAGGGCACAAUGUUUUGCCAAUCGUGAUGGGGGCUCAUCCGACAGAUUAUGCACGCAGCUCGCCAUACCGUUCUUAUAUUCAUGUAGACGAAUUCGAGACGCCGAAAGAACUCGCUGAAUAUCUGCAUCGAUUGGACCGCGAUGACGACUUGUAUAAUUCAUAUUUUCGCUGGAAGGGUACUGGCGAAUUCAUCAAUACGUAUUUUUGGUGCCGGGUGUGCGCCAUGUUACACGACGACCGUCCACCAAAGUAUUACAAGGAUGUGAACGAAUGGUGGCGAGGGGACGGCGUGUGCACGACCAGCUCAUGGCGAGAACACGACCUCGUACGUCCACAGAAUACUUGAAGAUAAAUCAUCCCGAGGAUUCGUUUAAAAGGCUCUUCCGGCAGCCAUGGGGAGAUCCGUGCGUGCGUCCGCCCACGACACGUUGCUCAAUUUCUACAAACGAUUCCGAUUCUUCCAAAACAGAACAUUGCCUGAGUCUGAAAGAUGGCCGGAAACUUCAGAGAACGUGGUAUUGUGCUGUCACGUCCAAGAGAGAGGCUUCAGGCGGUUUUCGAAAAUAUUGAGCCAAUCGUAA